AUGUCUUUACCCAACGAUGACGUUCCCGGUCUGGUUGAACCAGGUGACGUGUACCCACUUGACAAAGGCGAAGACGUUGUGGACCAUCCCGUUCCAUCAACUGAAGCCAAAGACGUUGUGCACCUGCCGGUUCCGAGACUUGUGAAGAAUCCCGAGACUGGGAACAACAAGCUUGUGGACCACACCCUUGAGCAGUACCAAGAUGAGCUUGCAUUCUGCUCCUCCAAGUUGGCAGAGAUGCGUCGAAAUGGAAUGGACUUGAAAAGGGAUGGCAACUUGAAGCUCCACAAGAUCAACAGGGAACGUCGUGCCAAUGGGUAUCCUGCCAUUCUUGGCUUUGUCUAUGAGGAUGACAUCACUGGUGUUUGGCUGGUUCGCUACCUUGUGGAAGAUGGAAGCAGAUCCAUGCUGCCUUAUUGCAACGACUUCCCUGACACCUUCAUUUAUGACAGGCUCUUCAAAUUCAAGCUGAUCCUUCCUGAUCCCUUCUCGGAACCGCACAAGACAAGCCUUUUCUGUCGCAUUUGGGGAUACAAUGAAGACGAGUACAUCAAUCGCUACCACCGUUGGUUGGCUGACAUUGACUUGCUCACCGAGGGUGUUGAAGAACCCAUCGAAGUGUCCAGCCCAUCUAGCAGUGGUAGUGACUUGGUCAACGCGGGUGGUGUCAAUCUCAGGAAGCUUGAACGUCUCAUCGACAAUGGACCGAAUUCCCCUGGAACUGGAUCUUCUGGCAUUGCAUCUUCUUCGCCUGGAUCAUUGGGUGGAUCUUCUUCCAGUGGGAUCAUCUUCGAUUAUGACUGUGGUGCCACCGGUGAUGAUGGAGACCGUAAACAGGAAGCUAUUGGAUCCCCACGUCUUACUUUGGAGAAGAUCGCGCAGUUGGAUGAUGAGAUUGACGAGAUCCUGCAACGUCCCUAUAAGUGGGGUAUCAUGACUCAGUUGCCGGCGGACGAAGACAAAAGCCCUCCAACCGAAGCCACCAACAUCGCUCCAACCAAUGAAGCUGCCGAGACCCCUUCAUCUGAUACGUCUCCCACGGAUAGCAAGCCCCCUGCCAAGGAAGACUCCGACGUGACACAAGAAGAGACCGACAGCAAUACUGAAGAGUCGGAAGAAGAGGAGAGUCCUAAGAAGAAGCAGAAAACAUCGGAAGAUGAGGCAACCAUCGAUGGGCAGCAAGAAGACCAGGAUAAUGAAACUGAUCAAGCCGAAACCCCUUACGGUGUCGAAAUUCUCGGCACUGGAAGCUUCUCGUAUUAG